AUGACAUCAUUGGAACCACCUCUCAGUCAGAAAGAUGAUCUCACAUCCAAGGUGGACAACCUUGAAAAACUGCUGGAAAAGGAAAAAGAAGAAAAGAAGCAAAUGGAAAAUGUGAUAUUUACUUUGAAAGAGGUAAAAGGCUAUAGGUCAUUGUUCAAACAAAUUGUGGUGCUGCAAGUAAAUUCAAGGAAUCGCCUUCCACAAAUGGACAAAUGGGCAUCCUUAGAGGAGGUGGAUUCUGAGUUGAUUCUGGUGCGAGAGGAACUACAGAAGGUCUGGGACAUGUUGAAAACAAAGGACAGUGAGCUGGAAGAGCAAAAUCUGGAACUGGAGUCUGCCCGAGGCCAGUAUACUGAGUGCAGCACUGAGAAGGCGAGGUUGGAACAGAUGGUGUCUUCCUUGCAGCAACAGCUGACAGAGACGGAACAGUCACUGAAGCAUCUCAAGCAAUUGAGGGAAAUGGAGAAAACUGAGAUGGAUAUUGAGAGAUCUUCACUGGAGCUAAAGCUUGCAGAGAUGCAGAUGCAGAAUGAGAAUGUCUCCUACAGGUCUGAGUCUAAAUCAUUUAAAUUGAAUCCAAAUGAAAAGCAGUCUGAAGUGAGUUCUCAAAUAUGCAGUCGCUGUGAAAUAUUCAUGCAACAACUGGAUAAGGCCAUUCAAGAAUGCCAGGGGCACAAUAUGGAGUUGCAGAAAGAAAAGAGCCAGACUCUGGUAUGUCUGCACCAGCUUCAAGAGGUUGUUAAGGACCUUUCCAAACAAACCAAAGUAAAUGAACAGGUAGCUCAAGUUUUGCGAGUGGAUAAUGAAUCUCUUAAAAACCAACACAAAUUAGUCACAGAGCAGCUCAAGGGUUUGUUUAAAGAAAGGAAUAAGCUGACUAAAGCCUAUGCAAAGCUUCCGAAGGAAGAGAUAUCUGCUGAAGAGUGGGCAAAGAAUUCCAAGCUGGUGAAGAACGUUUUGAGUUCCGUUAAAGCACAUGAAAUGGGUGAGGAGGACCAAGAACAUGAUAUCAGGAAUCUGCAGAGGCAGCUUGCAGAAAAAUCAGAAAUGAUCUCAAAAAUGACCUCUGAAAUCAAAGUGUUACAGGAAAAAAACGAGUCUUUAAUGAAAGCUAAACUCCGUUUCCAGCAGCAGGUUCAGCAGAUUAGGAGCGUUUCACAGCCAGACCGAAAAAGAGAUGUGUCAGAUCCUGUAGUACCUCGACUAUCUGUUGAUAAUGAGACAGUAUCAAGAGGUUCACCUAGUGGUAUCAGAGAAAGACUGGACACAUUAGAAAGCCAAGACUCUUCAGCACCAACAACUGAUUAUCAAACCUCAUUACAAAGUACCUCAGAAGGAUCCUGCACAACCUCUUCUCUGAAUUCUAGGACACCAACACCAAUCAGCACAAGGAAUACACCUACAUCACUAAUGCGACUCGGUCUUCCUGUAUCGCAAGGGAAGAAAUGGAGAAGAUCCCCAGAGGAAUCUCCCUUAAGUCCCAGGAGUCAAGUUGAUAGCGAAGCUAGCAGUGAUACUCACGGAUCUCUCACUCCAAGAGCUUCUGCUUUGCUUUCCCCUAGGCCAUACCGUCCUCAUAAGUCAGGACAAGUCUUUCGGUUUGGAGAGAGCUAAGAAAAUACA